UCAGACUCUGUCCUAGUUACACAGACAGAAGAGGUGCUAUUGCAGUUUCAAGCAAAUUUCCCUACCAGAAAUUGUUCACAAAACUCAGUCAUGGCAAGCCUCUCAGUCACAUUUCGAUGUCGCUUUUCGGCUUUUCCGAAUAUCGCAAUCAGGAGGAACGACUAUCGCAUUCGGCUUCAAUCUCAACAUCAUUUAUCUUCCAACACUUCACUUGUCUUUGAUAUCCACACAUGUAAUCCCAGGUGGAUUCCCACUACUGCCCAAACUGUCUUGAGAACAUGCCAUCGGCUGAGGCCAAGUCCAAGAAGAACCGCUGCGGGAACUGUCUGGACUGCCCCUGCUGCCAGCACACCCUGUCCCAUCGGGCCACCAGCGUGGCCGUUCCAGACCCCAGAGAUCCCACCAAGACCACCACCAAGAAGGCCUAUUACCUGGCCUGCGGACUGUGCAGGUGGAGCUCCAGGGAUGCUGGGAUGCCGGAUAAAGAUUCUGCAAGUGGACCUUGGUUGGAGCCUGAGAACACUGGAGCAAGAAGGAUCAAUGAUUUGUCAGACUACUACCACCAGCUGGCCAAGCAGGAGAAGAUGGAGAGGGAGCAUAAGAAGUUCACCAGGAGACGAGCCUACUUCCGGCUCCAGGAGAAGUACCUGUCACCAGGAGCUGGCAGGAGGAGGAGCAGUGCGCUCCUCUCAUCUUUCACUGGAUUGGCUCUGAAAAACGAGCAAGCAGACAUCAUUCCUGUGGAUCCUUCUGUGGCAUCCGAAGAAGUAGACGCACUUCCAAACAAGAUACUCACGCAGCCGGUUGUGUUGGAGAAGAUUUGCACAAUCAAACAGCGACUACAGCACCCAGAUCUUAACUGUGUGGCCGUAGAACAGAUGUAUCCGAGGCACAAGCAUCUGCUCAUUAAACGUUCUCAGAGAUGUAGGGAAUGUGAACAUAACCUGAGCAAACCAGAGUUUAACCCAUCUUCAAUCAAGUUUAAGAUACAGCUAGUUGCCAUCCAACACAUCCCUGAUGUACGUAUCUUCCUGGUACCCAACCUGCACUACGGCAAGGAGAGUAUCGUCACCCUGAUGGUCAGUAACCCUCAUGAGAAGAAAAUGGCUGUCCGGUUCGGAGGUUUGAAUCCAAAGGACUGCGACGACACACAGGCUACUGCCCAGGUCAUCCCACCUGAAGAUGAGCUAGUGCUUGGACCCAAGGACCCAACAGCUGAAUUUGAUGACAAUAUGGCUGACAUUCAAAAUGAUAGUUUUAAUGACAACUCUGAAUAUGUGCAAUUUCGCAAAGCCCACAAGCUUGGUGUGCUCUUCAAGGUCAUUCCACAAAGAGCAACUGGCAAUGUGAUGAUUGUGUUUGAUCUGAAGUACCUGUACAAGAACACUGCCCCAGCGCUCAACAGCUCCCAGGAUGAGUCCAGCUAUCCUCCGGCCAUCUGGCUAGAACACGAGGUCACCAACGAUCUCAGUCCUCUCGUCAGCGAAUAGAAGAAUGAGAGUCCAGUGGGUCAUUGCAAGAAAUUUAUGAUCUAUGGCGAAUUAAUCGCGCAUGUAAUUGCUUUGAUUAAAUGCAAAUUUGAAUUCGUCUUGCGUUCAAUUACAUCUCAUCUUUCAAUGAAAGCCCCAUUACAUUUGUUUGGCAAUUGAGUGUUAAGUUUACUUGUGACGCCACAUAGGGGGCUUCAAGUAGAUAAGUGCUACGAAUCGCUUUAAUAUCCCAAUUUUGGUGUAGUAUUCAAUGCCUUCCCCCAUUGCUUGGAUAAUACAAGAAUAGCGUUCAUCAGUUCCCAGGUUCGGACAAGCUAUUCUUCGGCUUUCUGGCUGGAACACAAGUUGCCAAUGAAGUUACCAUUGGCACCGGUAAGGUUGACCACUCAAAAUUUUUUGACUGGUACUGGAUGCAUUAAAUAAAGCUUUCAUUGUAUAUUGUGCUUGUAAAAUAAAGGCAUCACAUCUUGCCAGUUGUAUAUGAUAGGUAUGUGACAAUUAUGAUAGUAAAAAUGUAUAUAAUAUAACUACAUCAUGUUUCUAAUAUUUAUUUUUCUGUGCCGGCAACUUAACUAUACCCACACUUGUAGCUGUAUGUGCAACAAUAUUCUCUCAGUGACCUUUACAAAGCUUAUGUAUAAACUGAGGGACAUUGCAAUGCAAGAAUAUUGCAAUCAAUUUCAUGACGCUUUUCGUUCUCACAAUCAAUUACAAACUCGCAAUUCAUUAAUAUGCAAGUUAAUAAUAUUAGGUCUGAGGAUCAAUCACAAUAUUUUAAUUGAUAUGAAUGUAUUUAUGAAAUAUGAAUAAAUUAGUAUGAUUUAGAUUAAUAUAUUAAUCAUAAAUAUUUACAAUGAUUUUUGCAAGUAUGUAAAUUUCUUGCAACAUCUUGCAACAUCUGCAUAAGUGUCGCUCAAAUUUUAUACUUUACACACAAUUCUUCACAAUAAAUCUACAUGUGGGUUGCCGUACGGCGAGUCGAAAACAGCCAUUUAAUUCAUUUCUAUUCAAAUCACCUAUAUGUAGCUGGUACAAAAAAUGUUAAAACAGCUAUUUUCGACUCGCCGUACGACUGCCGUAGUGGAAAUUUUACUGCGCCAUUAUAGUUCAUGUGGAAUCAUUAAUUUGGGACUUUUCCGUCAGGAACGCAAUAUGUAAUGUCAUCAUUACCAACAUUUGUUGUAUGCAGUGAUUGUUUUUGAACAAUUUCUGAAUGGCUAUAUACCCAAAGUUACCAAAGGUUUCUCAAAGAAGUGUAUGAUGAUGUCUAUGUCUCUUGACUGUGAUUUGCAGUAUAUCAUGAUGUGCUAAAAGCGUAAAGUGUUGUCCAUGUGUGGUUUUUUUUUUUGCAAAAGAUAAUGAGGGUGAUUUAUGGGCUGUGUGUUUGGAAACCAAGUUAUAAUGAUUUGUCCUUUCUUUUGAGUUCUUUUAGUUUAUAAAUAAUGACAUCCUUUUGUCAUGAUUUUGUGAAUCUAUGAUAUAUUAUACACAAAUGAAUAAUUGAAAUUAAUUUUGAUUUGUAGCUGUUUCUUUUGUUAGGGGAAAUUUUUGAAAACCUAUCCAUUAUUACACAUUGACAAUGCAAAACGUUUUUUUUUUUUAAAGAAAGAAAAAGAAAAUAUGAAAUUUUAUUUCAGUUCAUUGGUUUGCUAAAUUCGAGAAACUUAUAGUUAUGAAUUUAAAAAAUGUAGUUUCCGUUGUACCAUGAUACAAAAGCCAUUUAUAGUCAGUUUAUUUUAUCAUGUACACUACGAUAAGUCCAAUUAUAAAUGUGCGCUUUUGGCAAAGGAUGCUAAAUUCAUACUUCAUUGAAGUGCGAUAAUACAAGAAAUCUGCAUAGUCCAUGGUGCAAUUGAAACCACCUAUGUGAAUUCUGGGCUACUAAGGUUUCAUUUAUUCAUAUUCAUAUAAAAUCAUGAUUACAAUAUGUACACAUAUUUCCAUUCCAGAGAAUAUGGUUUGUUCGGAUAGAAGAAAUUGUUUAGCGUAUUAUUGCAUGUGAAAGCAUCUUGUCCUCUAUGUAAGAAAUAAUAAAAAGUAGCAGUAAAUAUGGA